AUGUCCAAAAAAGAUAAAUUUUCUUUUAGAUAUUAUGUUGGGCAUAAAGGGAAAUUUGGGCAUGAAUUCUUGGAGUUUGAAUUGAACUCGAAAGGAAGACUGAGAUAUGCGAACAAUUCAAAUUACAAGAAUGACAAAAUUAUAAGAAAAGAAGCCUAUGUAAGCAAAUCAGUACUAAAUGAGCUAAAGCGAAUAAUCGAAGAGUCAGAGAUUUGCAAAGAGUCUGAUAAAUUAUGGCCAGAACCCGAUAAAGUAGGAAAACAAGAAUUAGAAAUAAUUUUAGAUGGAAAAGAAUACUUUUUUAUGACUUCAAAAAUUGGAUCUCUAUCUGAUGUUAAACAAUGUGAAGAUCCUGAAGGUUUAAGGGUUUUUUAUUAUUUAAUACAAGAUUUGAAAUGCUUUAUCUUUUCUCUUAUUUGUUUACAUUUUAGGAUUAAGCCAGUAUAG